AGGCUGCGCCGCGCUUCUGCGUUUGUUGUCAUUCUGCUGAAGAAAGGUUUGUGUUUUCGCCAUUAAAGUGUUUAAAUUGAUGCCAACCGUUUUGUGCGAGUAAAGCGCACCCUCACACGAGUAACAGAGAAGAGAUGUGUUUAAUUUCGUUCCAAACAUCGUGAAUCAGUUUAUGUUUAACACGAAUUCAAUCACUGGCAAUCUGCUGUUUAAAUUAUUACUUGCUGCUAGGAAAGAACAUUUAGUUUCAAGGAGCUGAUUGAGACGCACCCACAGAUGAGAUUAAAUUUCGAUUUACCUUCCUUUUUUGUUAAUUAUUCUCAUCUUAAACAGGGCAGUGUAUAACGUUAAAAACACAAAAAAACACCUGCUGAAGUGACUGAGAUCCACGUGACUCACUUUUUAUAAGGAUGGAGUUUAUUAAAGAAGAGAGUGAAGAUAUUAAGAUUGAAGAAACAUUCAGAGUCAAACAUGAAGAUACUGAGGAACAAACAGAGAUUGAGUUUAUGAAAGAAGAGAGUGAAGAAACAUUGAGAAUCAAACAUGAAGAUACUGAGACACAAACAAAGAUUGAGUUUAUGAAAGAAGAGAGUGAAGACAUGAAGAUUGAAGAAACAUUCAGAGUCAAACAAGAAGAUACUGAGACACAAACAGACCUGACGCUGCUGAAAGAGGAGAGUCAAGAACUGCAUGAUGUAAAGGAAGACAAACAUCUGUAUGAGAAACAUAAUGAUUUCAUAAUGGCAAACGAUAUUUUAGUUGCUCAAACUAAAAACAGUCCCUCACAAAAAAGUUAUAUCACUUGCGAACAGUGUGGAAAGAGUUUUGCCAGAAAGUUAGGACUUAAGGUCCACAUGAGAAUUCACACUGGAGAGAAACCUUUCACCUGCCAACAGUGUGGAAAGGGUUUUAUUGAAAAUGGAAACCUUACAAAACAUAUGAGAGUUCACACUGGAGAGAAGCCUUUCAUGUGCCCUCAGUGUGGAAAGUGUUUUACACAUCAAGCAACCCUUAAUACCCACAUGAAAAUGCACACUGGAGAGAAGCCGUUCGCAUGUGAUCAGUGUGGAAGAAGGUUCAGGAGGAAACCAACCCUUAAUGACCACAUGAGAACUCACACCGGAGAGAAGCUGUUCCCAUGUGAUCAGUGUGGAAGAAGGUUCAGAAGUAAACAAAACCUUAAUUGUCACAUGUAUAUUCACUUAAGGGAAAACCAUUUCAACUGUCAUCAGUGCGAAAGGAGUUUCACAGACAAGGAACACCUUAAGAAUCACAUACUAACUCACAUCGGAGAAAAGCCUUUCAUGUGCCAUAUCUGUGGAAAGAGCAGCACAAACAAAGGAAACCUUAAGAUUCACAUGAGAACUCACACUGGAGAGAAACCUUUCACCUGCCCUCAGUGUGGAAAGAGCUUCACAGUUAAAGGAACCCUAAAGAAUCACAUGAGGAUUCACACUGGAGAGAAACCGUACACAUGUGAUCAGUGUGAUAUCAGUUUCGCAUAUAUCCCAGAGCUGAAACGUCAUCAGCAAUCUCAUUCUGGGCAUAGUUCAUAAGUGUGAUGGGGUUAAAAAAACUGAGCAUCUGUGCAUUAACUCCGGAUAAAGAGAGAGUAUUUUAACAUGUCAUGCAGAUGUUUUUGUUCUUUGAAAAGAGUUUUAAAAUUUAGCCAUUUCUAAUGGUACCAAUUAAUCAAUUGAUUGAAUCAAGGCAUCACUAUUUGAUUCAGAUUAAUGCUCAUUAUAUUACAUAAUGUUCUACUUUGCUUUGAAUGGCACAAUGACAAUAGAAACUGAUAGAUAAAAGGACAAACUGAAUGAAACAAUGAACAUUGCACUGCGUAUCGGAUUCAUCUUUAGAGAGUGAAAGCACAGGUAAACAUGUUUUCAAUCACAAAGCGUGCUGGAUUCCAGGACCUGGACAUCAGAACUGCCUCUGUAAAAAAACAAACCAAGUUUUAUCAAACAAUUAUUUUGGAUUCACUGACAUAUUGUACUUACUUUUUUAUGACUUUCAUAAAGGCACGUUCAUGCCAAGGAUGAUAUUAGCGUCUACACCAACAAACAAUAUUUGUUUAUUCUAUAUGACGUCUGUUUUUUCUAAGUUAUUCAUUUUUAUUUUCUGAAUUGCUGUCAGUGUUUUCAUUGUUCAUCAGCUGGAAAAAAUCGUUCUGAAAGUGAUUCCAGCUAUAUUGUUUCUCUGUGCCUUCAUUCUUAUAGCUGUGGUGACAUUCUUUUAAAUGAGAACGAUUUUAAGAACUAUAUCUUUAUAGUUAUCAUCCUUGGUGUGAACGGGUCUUAAGAGUCAUGUUUUGGAGUGCUUUCUUUUUCCACUUUCCGAACACUGUAGGAGGCCACUACCCACAUCAUCCGCCAGUUGUUCUUCUUAAGGUUUGGACCUCCAACGAGAUUGGUGUUGUCUGCAAGAUAGAAAUAUUAUAUACCAUAAUUUUUGUUUGUUUGUUAAAUAACAUGGAUUAUCAUGGACAGUUAAUCAUGGACGGUUCACUAGUAACACACCCAAGGCUGGCGUUGGCUAUAAACAAAGCAA